UCCCCCUUCCAUCAUGACAAGUCGUCGUCUUCUAUCCCAAAUCACAUCAAUCAAGAUCUCUCCCUCUGUUGUCCCCACUGCACGAUUCUGGAAUUCUCCUCGUGUCGCAGCCAAAACCACCGUCUCUGUCAACUCUUUCUUUCCGCGGGUCCAGAACUUCACCACUUCCCGCGCCAUGGAAUCCGUCGCUGGCACUCCUGAUGAUAGUGGGGUUACCUACGCCUCGGUGUCUGACAGACUAGACCCCUUGCUCUUCAAGGCUAUCGAAAAGUUGGGCUUCGACAGUAUGACUCCCGUGCAGCACCGCGUAAUGACCCAGCUGCAGCCCAACGGCUGGCGCGGUGACUGCCUGGUCCAAGCUAAAACUGGUACCGGCAAGACGGUCGCCUUCCUGCUGCCGGUCCUGCACCAGCUGGUGCACGGUGACACCUCCAUCCCCAAGGGCCAGGUCGCCGUCCUGAUCAUCACCCCCACGCGUGAAUUGGCGCUGCAGAUUGCCAAGACGUGCAAUGGGCUCACCUCCCAGUUGCCUCGACGGCGUGAAGUCCAAUGCCACGUUGCCGUCGGCGGCACGGCCAGGGCCAGCGCCUUCAACGCGUUCAUCGCCGGCGACCCCAAGGUCCUCGUCGCCACCCCGGGCCGUCUGCAGGACUACCUGAACGAUGAGGAGUGCGAGCACAAGUUCAAGAACAUCCAGACCGUCAUCCUCGACGAGGCCGACACCAUGCUCGAGGCCGGCUUCCUGCGGGAUGUCCGGCAAAUCCUGAGAAAGCUUCCCGCCAAGAGGGAGGCCGGGUGGCAGGGCAUGUGCUUCAGCGCUACGGUGCCGCCCAAGGUCAAGGACGUGAUCAACGUGGUACUGCGCGACGGAUACCACCACAUCUCGACGCUCGACCCGAACGAGUCCGCCACCCACGAGCGCGUGCCGCAGUAUUCGGUGGUCGUGCCCGGCGUUGAGCAGCUCUACACGGCCUUGCACGCGCUCCUGAAGGAGGAGAUGAAGGGCAAGAAGUCGAAGAAGGUGAUCGUGUUCGGCGCCACCUCGAACUUGGUCGCGCUGAUGAGCAUGGCGUUCGAGAAGCUGCUGAUGGGCCAGGCCGAGGUGUUUGAGAUGCACUCGCGGCUGUCGCAGUCGGUGCGCUCGCGGACGACCAACCAGUUCCGGGAGGCCACCUCCGGGGUCAUGUUUGCCAGUGACGUGGUCGGCCGCGGGCUGGAUUUCCCCAACGUCGACCUGGUGGUGCAGGUCGGCCUGCCCGCCAACUCGGACCAGUACGUGCACCGCGUGGGCCGCACGGCACGUGCCGGCAACGACGGCCGCGCCGUCAUGCUGCUGACCGAGCGCGAGAGCUUCUUCAUCAAGGUCAACGCCGGCAAGUUCCCCAUCCAGCCGCACCCCAACGCUGCGGACAUCCUCGCCGCCGCCGCCGACCCCGCCCGCUCCAAGAAUGUCGUCAACCGGGUCAUGGCCGCCGAGGUCGACGAGGUCACCAAGCACCGCGCCUACUCCUCCUACCUCGGCUGCAUGGCCGGCGGCCGCCUGCUCAAGCAAAUGCGCCUCGACAAGCCCGGCCUCGUCCAGAUGGCCAACGAGCUCGCGGUCAAGGGCUUCCAGUGCCCGGAGCCACCCCAGCUCCAGAAGUCCGUCGCCGGCAAGAUGGGUCUGACGGGCAACAUCCCCGGCCUGAGACUCACCAAUGUCGACCCCAAGCUGUCGCUGAAGGGCAGGCAGCCGGCUCAAAAUGGCGCCAGGAAUCACCCCCCGCGUGACGUGCUGAGUCCCGAGCCCAGCGGCGUGGAGAAGCCUAAGCCCAAGCCUAGGGCCCCCUUCAAGCCGAAGCGCAAUGGCUCGUGGGGCAAGACGCUCUAAUCGUUCCUCUCUCCUCCCUUACCUUCUCACCUUCUGUUUGGCAUUGCCGGGGUUUCUUUUCGCGUCUAGGGUUGAGUGUUUACCUACGAAUGUGUACUUAUAGAUUCAUAGAUUUGCAAUUGAUGAC